AUGCCCGGCCUGCUGAACCGGUCUACAGGGGCAGCCCUGCCCCUCACUGCAUCCAAUGUCACCUCCUUUGUCAGUGGUUACGCACUGGGCCUGACCGCCUCUCUAACCUAUGGCAACCUGGAAGCUCAGCCCUUCCAGGGCCUCUUUGUAUACCCUCUGGAUGAGGACACCACAGUGAUCGGCUUCGAGGCAGUUAUUGCCAACCGCGUCGUGACAGUACAGAUCAAAGAUAAAGCCAAGCUGGAGAGCAGUCACAUCGACAACAGUCGCGUCCAGUCCUCAACCAUCACAGGAAACAUUAUGCAAGAGGGAGCUACCAUUACCCUCCAUUCCUGCACACCGGGAAAAGUGACUUUGGAUGAGGAUUUGGAACGGAUCCUGUUCGUGGUCAACCUGGGGACCAUUGGCCCCAUGGAGAAUGUGACCAUCUUCGUGAGCACCUCCUCUGAGCUUCCGACACUGCCCAGUGGGGCUGUUCGGGUCCUGCUGCCUGCUGUCUGUGCCCCGAUGGUACCCCAGUUUUGCACUGAGUGUGCUGGGCCCUCCACCCAGCAGUCUCAAAGCAAAGACAAGCCUGGCCUCAGGACUCAGUCCCUAGACUCCUGGAAUAAGUUGGGCCUGGUGAAUCUUCUGGACAUGGAGGUCUCUAACCCGAUGGAGUAUGAGUUCAACUUCCAGCUGGAGAUUCGUGGACCAUGUCUGCUGGCAGGGGUGGAGAGCCCCACCCACGAGAUUCGUGCUGACGCUGCUCCAUCUGCCCGUUCUGCCAAGAGCAUCAUCAUCACCUUGGCCAACAAGCACACCUUUGACCGGUCUGUGGAGAUCCUCAUCCACCCCAGUGAGCCCCACAUGCCACACGUCCUAAUGGAGAAAGGGGACAUGACCCUGGGAGAGUUUGACCAACACUUGAAGGGAAGAACAGAUUUUAUUAGAGGGAUGAAGAAAGACAACAGUGCAGAGCGAAAGACAGAAAUCAUACGGAAACGUCUCCACAAGGACAUUCCCCACCACUCAGUCAUCAUGCUCAACUUCUGUCCUGACCUUCACUCAGUCCAACCGAACCUGAGAAAGACUCACGGGGAGUUCAUCUUCCUCAUUGACAGGAGUGGCAGCAUGAGUGGGACCAACAUCCUCUAUGUCAAGGAUGCCAUGCUGGUAGCUCUCAAGAGCCUCUUGCCAGCCUGUCUCUUCAAUGUCAUUGGGUUUGGAUCCACAUUUAAGACUCUCUUCCCUUCCAGUCAGACCUACAACGAGGAGAACUUGGCUAUAGCGUGCGAUAACAUCCAGAAAAUGCGGGCUGACAUGGGUGGCACCAACAUCCUGGCCCCUCUUAAGUGGAUCAUCCGGCAGCCAGUGCACCAGGGCCACCCACGGCUCCUCUUCGUGAUCACAGAUGGUGCCACCAACAACACCGGGAAGGUGCUGGAACUGGUGCGCAACCAUGCCUUCUCCACCAGAUGCUAUAGCUUUGGAAUUGGACCCAAUGUCUGCCAUAGACUGGUACAAAGGCUGGCCUCUGUGUCUAAGGGCAGUGCUGAGUUCCUGGUAGAGGGAGAGCGGCUACAACCAAAGAUGGUUAAAUCCUUGAAGAAAGCCAUGGCCCCAGUCCUGAGUGAUGUGACUGUGGAGUGGGUCUUCCCUGAGACCACUGAAGUUCUGAUCUCACCUGUCAGCACCAGCUCCCUCUUCCCUGGAGAACGGCUGGUGGGAUAUGGCAUUGUGUGUGAUGCUUCCUUGUACAUCUCCAAUCCCAGAUCUGACAAGAGGCGACGGUACAGCAUGCUGCGUUCACAGGAGUCUGGCAGCUCUGUCUUCUACCAGUCACAGGACGAGGGGCCCAGCCCAGACAGCAGAGACUACACCAAAAGCUUGGGGGCACCCUUCAGCCUGCAGACCAAAAACUCCUGGAAGUCCACCACCAACCCUAAUUUGAUCCUAUCCCAGCGAAGGAGGGCAUACAGCACCAACCAGAUCUCCAACUCUAAGCCCUCUCCAAGGGCUGCCACGGCCAGCGAUCCCACAGCAAUGGCCAGGAAAUACCCACUCCGGAAAGCCAAGCUGCAGGACCUUACCAACCAGACCAGCAAGGAUACCCAGCGGUGGCAGAUCAAUUUAAAGCCCUUGCUGAACAGUGGCCUGGAUCUGAGCCAGGGCCCCAAACUCCAGGGCCCAGGGGCCCGAAGGCCCUCUCUGCUACCCCAAGGCUGCCAGCCCUUCCUGCCCUCAGGCCCUGACUCCCAGACCUGGAGCCCCAUGGGGGAGCUGAAUCCUGGGUCCAGCCUGAAGCCUGCCUCAGAAAGCCGCAGCCCUGGGGACUUGGAGCCGUCCCAUCACCCCUCCUUCGCCUUUGAGACCGAGACAUUCUCGGACUGGGAGCCCCCGGCCGAGUCCCGCAGUCCCACCACCCCAGGCCCCGUGGUAGGCAAGGCCGUGGUCAAAGGUUUGUGCGACAGCCAAAGGCUGCAAUGGGAGGUGAGCUUCGAGCUGGGGCCCCCGGGCCGGGAACCCGACGGCCUGCAGGACGCCGACCUUUGGAGCGAAACCUUCCACCACCUGGCGGCCCGCGCCAUCAUCCGCGACUUCGAGCAGCUGGCAGAACGCGAGAACGAGAUCGAGCAAGGGUCUAGCCGUCGCUACCAGGUGAAUGCUGUGCAUACCAGCAAGGCCUGCAACAUCAUCAGCAAAUACACCACUUUCGUACCUGUGGACAUGAGCCAGAGUCGCUACUUGCCCACCGUGGUGGAGUACCCCAACUCUGGUGCUGCAUUACGGAUGGCCAGCUCGAGGAUCCUGACCCGACAUCUGAGGGGCACCUCUGUCAGCCUUGGACAGUCUCAGAGCAUGCUUGGGGAAGAAUCAGCAGCAGGAGAUGAUCUGGAGGAGAUCCCCACCUCACCCAUCUGCGAAACUACAUGCCCUGGCUGUGAGAAGCACGUGACUUCCAAAGGUCCCCCGAACAGUCAGGCCAUUAACACCCUUUCUUCUGUGAAGACCCCCGAGACUCUCUUCGGAUCCAGACUGAAUCUCCACAAGUCCAGGCUGCUGAUACGUGCAGCCAAGGGCUUCCUGGGCAAGCCACUGAACAAGACUCCAGAGUCCACCUCGGUGAGCCAAAACGUCAACUAUGUGCCUCUGGUAUCUCUGCAGCUGGCCUCUGGAGCCUUCCUGCUCAACCAAGCCUUCUGUGAGACCACCCAAAUCCCCAUGGCAAAGCUCAAGUGGACUUCACCAUUCACCUGCCACCGAGUGUCCCUCACUGCCCGCCAGCCCGAGUCAAAGACCCCCAGUCCCCAGCUGUGCACCAGGUCCUCAUCUCGUCAGUCCUCCUAUGACAGCUUCUCCCCGGAACCCCCUGCCAAAAACAAGCCAGACUUGGAGCUGAGGGCCGUAGCCGAUCACAUGGGGAAGCUGUGGGCCACAGUGGUGGCACUGGCCUGGUUGGAGCACAACUCGGCCGCCUACUUCAUUGAGUGGGAGCUGGUAGCCGCCAAGGCCAGCUCGUGGCUGGAGCAGCAGGAGGUUCCCGAGGGCCGCACGCAGGACACGCUCAAGGCCGCUGCCCGCCAGCUCUUCGUGCUUCUGCGACACUGGGAUGAGAACCUCGAGUUCAACAUGCUCUGCUAUAACCCAAAAUACGUGUAG